AUGAUGAAAAAUGAAAGCUUAUUUCCCACUGUCGGAAAUGAAAUUUAUUUUAUGAAGUACGCAUUGGAACAUAAAAUACUGGUGAUUUUGAAAGCACUCCAUGCAAACGGUGAACAUAUUCACGAGUUCAGAUGGGAAGAUGGAAAGUCAGCGCUGCAUUACUUAGUCGAGCAAGGCGAGCCUUAUAGUCAUAAGGUUAUGAGUCUCAUUAAUUUUCUAUUAAAAAAUUCAGAGAGCAAUUAUUGCGACGAGCUGGGAUACUCGUACUUACACGGGGCCUGCUUCGCCGGCCAUAUCGAGAUGGAACGAUUCGUACGUCAAGGCGUCGAUGUCAAUCUCGACACGUACACGUGCUCGGCGUUGCACAUCGCCGCCCAGUACCAUCACAAAGAAAUUGUGAAAAUUUUAUUGGAUCACGGCGCCAACCCAAACCAGCUGGAUCAUCGCGAGCAAUCGACUCCUUUGCACGCACUCGCGUGCAUAUUCGUCAUACCCACCUCAUACUUUUACUCUUCGAGAACACCAGUCGACGAGAUCGUUGACAUGCUCGUUAUGAAAAAAGCCAAUAUCGAGGCACGCAACAGUCACGGGGACUCGCCCUUGCAAUAUGCAGUCUCUCGCUUCCACGUCCAAGUAGCCGAGGCACUCUUGAAGAAUUCCGCAAGUCUGAGCAGUUUAAGCGAGGACAGAAUGUUCAGCACGACCUUCACCACAUUGGAAUUGAAGAGUUAUCCUUUGACUUUCUACAUCAUCGAAAUGAUGAAAUUAUUGAAGUCAGCUGACUACCAAAUGAACAUGAACACUGGGCUUAGGAUGUUGAAGUAUUGGAUGGAAAUUCGAGGAAACGAUACAGACCACCUGAUACCUUACAUCGAAGAUGACGCAUUUAAUUUUUUAAUUUAA